AAAGUUUAAUAAUGAGAAGUUAAAGAUCAAGGCUUCCGUAUCUUCCCGAUUUUGUUUCACGAAAGCAAACGUUCAGACGUUCCUGCUCUCAACAUUAUUCUUUAUAGGUUCUACUUGCUGCAGCAAUAUGUACGAAAACAGGAAAAGCCAUUGUAUCACGUCAGUUUGUGGAAAUGACAAGGUCACGUGUAGAGGGCCUUCUUGCCGCAUUUCCCAAAUUAAUGAAUACUGGAAAGCAACACACAUUCGUUGAAACAGAAAGUGUCAGAUAUGUUUACCAGCCUCUAGAGAAACUCUAUAUGCUUCUUAUUACUACCAAAGCUAGUAACAUCUUGGAAGACUUGGAAACUUUACGACUAUUCUCCAGAGUGAUUCCAGAAUACUGCAAGGCAAUGGAGGAAUCUGAAAUAGUUGAAAAUGCAUUUUCACUAAUCUUUGCCUUUGAUGAGAUUGUUGCCCUUGGCUAUCGUGAAAAUGUUAAUCUUGCACAAAUCAGAACAUUCACAGAGAUGGACAGUCAUGAAGAGAAGGUGUUCCGUGCAGUGAGACAGACACAAGAACGUGAAGCCAAGGAAGAGAUGAAAAAGAAAGCAAAGGAGUUACAGGCGGCCAGAACAGCUGCUGCUCGUGGCAAAGGUGGCAAGGGACAGUUAGCUGGCUUUGGAGGUUUUGGUGGAGGAGGGCGUGAUUCAAGUAUUCCAGUGGCUAAUGAUGUCACAGUUAUUGAUCCUACGCCCCCUAAACCAUCAUAUCCCACAAGAACUGCUGGCACUGGAAAGGCAAUGAAAUUAGGAAGCAAAUCUAAGGAUGUGGACAGUUUUGUGGACAAACUAAGAUCAGAAGGAACAGAGGUAGUAAGUUCCAAGACAAAAUUAUCAUCAACUGGAAAGACACCAACAACACCAUCUGUUCAAAUGGGAAGUGUUCAUAUAAAGAUUGAUGAGAAGAUCACACUAACUGCUGGAAGAGAUGGAGGACUACAGAACAUGGAAGUCAGAGGUCUUGUGCUUCUCAGAGUGUCUGAUGCACAGUAUGGAAAAAUAAGACUCAGUGUUGAAAACAAUGAUGAUAAAGGAUUCCAAAUGCAGACACAUCCAAACAUAGACAAGAAAUUAUUCAAUCAAGAAUCAUUAAUAGGACUCAAACAACCUAGCAAACCUUUCCCGCUUAAUAAUGACAUUGGUGUAUUAAAGUGGAGACUGCAGAGCACAGAUGAAGGAUUAAUGCCGUUAUCAAUCAACUGUUGGCCUUCAGAAAAUGAUGAACAAUGUGAUGUAAACAUAGAGUAUGAGCUUCUCCAAGAAAAUCUGGAGCUGAAUGAUAUUGUAAUUUCAAUUCCUGUUCCGCACGGUGUUGGUGGACCAGUUGUAGGAGAAGUGGACGGGGAGUACCACUAUGAUCACAAGCAUUCUGUUCUUGAGUGGCAACUGCCAGUAAUAGAUUCAUCAAACAAGAGUGGUAGUAUGGAGUUUAGCAUUGCAGGACAUCCUGGAGAUUUCUUUCCUGUUUCAGUGACCUUCACAUCAAGGAAAUCGUAUUGUGACUUGAAGAUAACAGAGAUCACAUCUGUAGAUGAUGAGAAACCAGUGAAGUUUUCACAAGAAGUUGGGUUUUCAGUUGAAAAAUAUGAGAUAGUAUAAUCAUUAUGUCGACAAAAAUACUGGAACUUAUAUUUUUUCUUUGGUAACAUACAGUGCUGAGAACACUUUUUGCUGGAGGAAGAUCUUACUUGCCAACAUACCUUUUAAAAAAUGUUAUAUGUUUGGACUGAAGAAUGGUAGACAAAUAUCUAAAAUUGGUAAUUUGGUAUUGUAUAGCCAUUUCCUUUAAGACCAUAUAAUAGUGUUUGGCAGAGAAGAAAAAUUUCAUUGGAAUGAUGACCAUCACUCUAUCCCAAUUUUCACAAAGUUGACAGAUCAUUUGUACAUGAGGUUCCUUAUAAAUAGUGAAAGAUGUUUGACAAGUUAGCGUGCAUCUCUCAAUUUCAGCCUUUGUUAGAUUUUUCAUACAAUGCUACUCAGAAAUUUCAAUAACUUUUCUGUAAGUGGCUGUGGAUGGUGUUACAGGCAACAAUGUCUGAAAAGUGGCCAUAAGACAAACCCAAGCACAAGGGCCUUCCUGCAGGCCAAACAGACAGCGGUGAGAGGGUUUUAAGGUGGCUACAGAUGGCUGGUUACCAGCUUUCAUUGAAACCUUAGACUUCUCCAAAGGAUUGUGCAAUGAGCCAUUGACAAUAAUUGAUACUUCUUGGGCAAAUUCAGUGACAUCCCAAACUCCCAAACAACAGCUACAAAGGAGAUUCAUCUAAGUUUUGGUUAAGUAAUGGUAAUUUCAGUGACAGCUCAGUUUGUUUUUACAGUUGAAUCUUUCCACGGAUGACAACCUAGAAAUUACCACAUAACCAUUUUAGAUCGGUAUAGCCAUCUCAUAAAGAGAUGUAUCUGUUGUAUGGGGUUGUCUGUUACAGAUCAGUACUCCAGGGUUGAGGUUCAAUGGUGAACACAUCUUCAGUCAGUGCCAGUUCAUUGUUGAAUACUUUCAGUAGUAUGACCAUCUCCAAAAGAGCAGCCCCUGUACAGUUGUUGCAAAGCAACAAAGUUACCCAACAUGCAUUAUCAUGUCAUAGUUUUACUGUCACUCCUUCUUAUGCUAUCACAUUAAGUCCUUGUAUUAACAAAAUGAAUGAGAGAGAUUUAAAAACUUAAUUAAUGCUGCUUGGAAGUCACACUGAUGUUGUAGUUAGUCUACCAUGCUCAUUACAUGGUAUUUUUAUUGGGGAGGAAAGAAAUUAAAGUGAGCAAUAAAAUUAAAUGAAUUAUCA